GGUUAUAUUUUCGUUCGCAGCUGCUGACAGAUCCUUAAGAUUGUUUAUGAAACCUCGUAUUAUUAUUUAAGAUUUUCAUUUUCAAAAAGCUACACGUAAAUGUUACAAUGGCUAAGUAUUCGACAUCUUGGUAUAUUCUCGCCAUGGGGUUACUUAAUUUAAUAACCAAAACACAUCUAACAACACAAGACAACAGCCAUGGAUAUAUCACGAGUAGUGAAAGAUAUUUCGAUGACUUCACCUUCGUUCAGAGGGAAAUAUCAUCAGGUUUACGAUCUGAUUAUGUUGGGGAUAACUCAAAGUUUCAAAUUAAGUUUGAUCCAGCCACACUGGAUUUCAGGCAGAGGCCCUUGGGAGUUCCACAUAUUAAGAAAGUUCAUCUAUUCAACUAUGAUACGAAUAAAAGUAUUGAUAUGACCUCUAUAUCCGGAAGUACAGUACACUUUCACAGUUCGUUUUUCUAUGACAAGAAAAUCCCUCCAAUGGGUAACACAAGCUUCAAUGUUGUGUUUCUUGGAAGAGAAGAGGGGUUUCUAGAAAGUUGUUUAUUCAUCCACACUACCAGUGGUCACUUCAAAUAUAAUGUUAAAGGGGUGAGCGUUUACAGCCCAUACUUUCUUCGUCCAAUAGUGAAUAUCAAGUUACCUGUGAAUGCAACUUUUGGACCAUUAAUUUAUUUACACAAUCCACAUUCUGAACCCAUACAGAUUGUGGAAGUUUAUACAAGCGGAGAUGACUUCCAUUUAGAGCUACCGUCAGGAAAUCGAGAGGGUCCUAAAAAUAUUUGGGAGAUCGCACCAUUUGAAACAAAAGCAGUCAUUAGGGUUAAGUUCUCAGGAAAAGUUGAAAGGAAUCAUACCGCUUAUGUGAGAAUAAAAUUGAACAUAACAGAGGAGGUACUUAUUGUGCCUCUAGAAGUUGAAGUUGGACCUAGAGGAGGAAUAUUCUCUCCGCAAGGUUAUGUUGAUUUUGGGAUUGGAGGAACUAUGGAUGAACCAAAGACGAUCAAACUUUGUCUUUAUAACCCUUUCACGAAACCCGUGAAAAUACAGAGUAUAAGCAUAAAGUCCAAGGCAGUAAAGUUGGAGUACAGACCUUCAGUUGUCAUUCCUACAGGAAAGUCCAAAGGCGGUUGUGCAAAUGUUGCCAACCUCACAGUAGACUGGAAGAAAGCUUUCAAAAAUCAAGACUUCACUGGAAAAAUUGUAGUGAAGUACAGAAAUGGGAAAAGCACAGCCGAAAUUCCUUAUCAUGUCACCGUAUUGGACGGUGGCAUAGUAUUCGAUAGCCAAGCCACAAAGUACUUCACAAAUGACAAAUCGAAGAACUCAUUGCGUCAUAUCAAAAUAAAGAACGUAUUCAAAUCGUCCAUAAAAAUAUUGAACCUCACCUUGGGAGAGGAAGUUAAGAAGUAUUUCAAGAUACAUAACUUCAAAACCUUGACAUUGAAAUCACAAGAAGAAGCAAUAGUUUUUUCUUCCGAUCUUAAAGCAGGAGUCAAGCUUGAGAACUUGCAAGUGAAUUCUCACAUUCGACUUGUUUCCAACAUCUCAACCGUUACAAUACCGUUUAUGAGUUACGGAGGAACACUUAAAUUGUAUUUACCAUUUAAGAGCAAAGAUUAUUCUCUAGAUGUGGGCCUCAUUAGCUUCAAUACGAAAAAAGAAGUCAACUUCUUAGUUCUCAACGACAACCCUGUAAAUAUACAAGUGAGAGCUAUAAAAACUUCUAUUCCUCUCACCAGCACCACUAUUGUGGGAUGCGGCAGGGAGAAUCCCAAAACAGCUCUCUUUCAACAUUCAUUCGAGAAUCUACAUGCUUGUAAUACCCUCAAACCUAACGAGUACGCCAUCUUGAAAUUGGUAGUUCAAACGGCUAACAAUGAAGGUCACGUGUGGGGGGAAAUACAGAUCGAAACGGACUACGAAAAUCUCUCGAUUCCAGUCCAAUUCAAGGUUGCAGCUGGAAAGUUGGAGAUAGGCCCAGAUCGUCUGGUUUUUGACCAGUGUUUCCCGGGGAAAAUAUGCUCGCAUCCUCUGAAAGUUUACUCGACUUUCAACGAACCAAUGAUUAUAAAGGAUAUUAUAAGCCUACCGCCUGAUCCUCGUCUACAUGGUAGGCACGCUGGUCACAUUUUGCCUCAUACUACCAAAAUUGUUGGUCAUCUGUAUUUAAAUCCUAAUAUUGGUUGUGGGAACGAAUGUUACACAGGACUACAUCAGGAUUUAUACAAUCAAUGGCUGAAAACUCUAAUGCUGCCAAAAUCAGUGGUGAAUUUCGAUCUCAACUUAUUCAACACCUUCUACAACAGAUUCCUGAACAUAACCUCGAAUGGGAUGAAGAAGUGGCAAAAUCUAACCCUUCGUCUUGACACUUCGGAAGUAAGGAGUCACAUGUUCAAGACAAGGGUAAAAAUGAGCUGGCCAAGCCUGAUUCACGGCACUCCUGAUAAUAAGUCCGUAAUUUCGUUUCCUCUCACACAAAUCGGAAACAUAACCUAUAGAAACAUAACGAUAAAAAACCCAUCCAGUAAUUCCCUGAUAAUUCAGAUACUUUUGGACAAGGUGUAUCCUAACAUUGAACUUCUAUAUGAGGGACUGCCUUCGGCUAGUCUGCCCGAAUACGUUCCUCCAUCCAACGCAGACAACUUUUUCUACGUGAAAAAUGGCUUCGAACUUAAAAAGUUCUCAGAAAAGAUAAACGUAAAGGUGCAUUCUUCUACCUUACCUUUAUUCAUGAAACCAGGCGAAAAUUUCACACUUUCAAUAGGAUUUCGUGGUGAGAAAGUGGGGGAGUUCUCAUCGUUGCUCUUCUUCAGGAACAAUCUCACAGUUAUGGAAAUACUGAGACUGAAAGGAAGAAGUACAGAACCCAUUUUCAGAUUCGGAAAUAGGAGACCGGGGGCCGCUCAACCCUUGCUAUUCGAAUUCACAGAGAAGCACGUCAAAGAGUGCGAGAGAGACAACAGACACUUCAGAUAUCAGAAUCCGAACAUUGCGAUAAAAAGAUCGUUCACAGCAAGAAAUACCGGUGAAAUUCCUAUAGUUAUCAGAAGUUUUUAUAUAAAUGACGUACUUUGCGAAGGAUAUGGUUUUAAAGUUUUGAACUGCAUGCCUUUUGUUCUUCCAGCAAACGGAACAAAAAAGAUAGAUAUUGAGUUCACGCCGGACUUCACCUUGGCGAAAGUUUUACGUUCUUUGGUUUUAGAAUCAAGCUGCAACAGUAAUAUAAAUUAUACCCUACAGGCCACCAUUCCGUCGUACUAUAUAUCGGUGUGUUCCAGUAUGAUACCCAGGCCAGCCUGGGAGUGGUACUUAGGGUACGUCGCUGCUAUAUCUUUGUCCCUCACUUUGAUCUUCGGUGUAUUCAUAGCUAUAUUAGAUGCAGAAAAAUUCAAGAGGCAAAUGUACGAUAUCAUUCUAGCCAGUGGUCCCAGUGUUCAGCCAGUCUUGGAUUUAAGGUUAGUAGGUCAACAAGUGAGGGAAGAAGUGAAAAAUACAAAAAUGGAGUCAAAUAAUGACAUUCCCAAAAUUGAAGUGAAAACCACAAAUAAAGUAGAACCUAAGAUAAAAAAUGAAGUAGAACAAAUACAGGUUGCAGUGCCUGCAGUCCCAAAGGGAAAGAAAAAACUGGGCAAAAAGAUAGAUUAUUCGGAAUUCAUUGGGGCUCCCAAAAAAGAUAUAGAAAGCACUAAGCAAAAGACAAAUGUUGUAGAUAAAAAGGUUAAAGAGGAGGAAAAGAAAUCUAGUCAUAAUAAAGAAAACAAGAAAGUAAUAAGUUCGAAAAAGACAUGUAAAUUGCAAGUGGAAGAAGAAACUUUAUCGUCUACAACAGAAUCUAGUUGUAAUACAGAUGAUAUUCAUGAAGCUAGAGAUAGCAGUCAUGAAGCUAGAGAUAGCAGUCAUGAAGCUAGAGAUAGCAAUCAUGAAGCUAGAGAUAGCAAUCAUGAAGCUAGAGAUAGCAGUCAGAAAAAUUCAAAACAUAAUUUGAAAAAGGUUAUUAAACCCGAUAACGUAUCUAGUAGAACACUAUUAGAAGAAAAUCACAAAGAACAGCCACCUGCUCAAAGUAGAAUAGAGAAAAGAAAAUCUCCGAAAAACACACUAAAAUCCAAAGAACACAUUGAUAACAGCAAAAAUCAAACACCCGUAACUAGAAAUGAAGUAAGAAAGAGAUAUGGAAAGGACAAUAGGGAGAAAAAUACUCCGUGUAAAAAGGCAGUAGAAAGACCCAGUACAAAAACUUCUGACCAUCAGAGUUCUCAUCCAACUUCUGUAUCGCCCACAACCAAAGUGUGGACCGAAAACCGUGCCACUUUCAGUGAUGUCGUUGCUAGGAAUGAUGCUGUAACCAAUAGUCGUCUUGGAAACAAUGCUAACCACUCAUCUAUAUAUGUUGACACACAUAAUCAAACUACAACACCUCUAGGACCUAUUGGAUCAAAGCCUGUCGACUUUUGGUCCAAUGGAGUGAACACAAGUCAUCAUUCGUUGCAGGAACAUCACGUUGAACCAGUGAACAGCUUUUUCUCAGAUUUUCCAACUCAUGAAUCUCAGAAUGCUCCAUCAAAUUUCUCGAAUAACAUUCAGACAAAUACGUGGAGGAACCCAUUGGAAAACCAACAAACCAAUCAGUUUGACUUAUUGGGAGGAAGUAGUGCAAAUUCAUCAUCUUCACAAGAUCAUAUUCCUACAUGGAGUCAUAGUGGCUUUUUUAACACAAACACAUAUUGGAAUGGGAGCAAUGGCACGAGUUUGUUAGGGGGACUCCCUACGAUUAACCUCCCAACUCCCGUAACCACAGCUUCAGGAGCGAUACCAUCAGUACAAAACAGACAAAACGAUUAUACAUCUAAUUCUUCUACAUUGUGGCAACAGUGGACACCUUUCAAUUUACAGACAAGGACUCCACCUGGCUUCCAAAAUAUUAAUCCAAAUACUGUGGGACAAACCGAAAAUCCAGUGACAACGGAAAGUUACAAUCCCUUCUCGAGUAACGUGUGGACGAACAAUAAUAUUUGGAGAUAUUCUGAGGAUUCUUAAGACUUCAGUAUUUGCCAUAAAUUCCCAUAGGCCAUUUGCACUUAUCUUAAGUAAAAACUUGGCUUAUUUUCAAGACUGUUAAAAUACUCAUUUGUUGUGGUCCUCAUCACAACCCUACUAGAAGUGUGAACAUGUUCUACUUUCCUAUUAUAUUGUUUUAUUUCUUUUCAAAAUGAAUUUAAAAGUGUUUAAAAGAA